GGUUCGUGAGGAAGCAAAGCGAGAGUGUUUUAGAACGCAAAUAUAUUUGGUGUGUUAAAAAGUGUCUAGUAAUUGUGCUGAGUCGGAGGACAAAGGCGCCAGAAUGGAGGCCAACAGUGAGGGAAGGAACAGGAUAAAGGGAUACACGAGUUUGGUUGGUUCGAUAAACAAUCUGCUGGAGAGCCUCGAUAAGGAUGAAUCAGUCCGGAAUGCCAUAGAGAGCUCCAUCAUUCGCAUUGCUGAUUACAGUCCGAACGAAGUGCUGCAGUCAAUCCAUGACUUCCGGCAGAAGCAGGCGAAGCUGAGCGAGGCGAAUGUGGCGACGAUCCUGCGGAUUGUGGAGCACGUGACGUGCACGAAGCGGGCUCAGCAGUGCCUCACGGAGGUCACGGUGCAGCGGAUAUCGGAGAUGUGCAUUGUGGAGCUGGUGAAGAUGCCGGACAUGUGUCCGGCCGUGCAGAAACCGGCGCUGGAGUCUCUGGUGGCGCUGGGCAGGCGGAACUGCGACGUGGUGAUGGAGAAUCUGAUGCGGCAGAUGCAGCACGGUCAGGUGACGCACUUCAUGGUGCUGCACAGCAUGGGUCAGCUGGCCACGGCGAAUCCCAUGGGCAUUGUAAACUUCCUCAAGCACAUCUUUCGCAUCUUGCUGCCCACAUUGGACACCGUGAAGCAGGAUCACGUGAAGCAGGCGCACGCGUUCGCCAUCGGACGCUUCUGUGAGGCCAUCGCGGAGAGUCACAUUGACGAGUCGCUGCCGUCAGAGCCGGCGGACAUGAAGGAUGAGUUUGCCGUGGAGAUUGGGAUUGCCUAUGAGGUGUUGCUGAACAACUGGCUGAUGACCAGGGAGCCCAAGGUGUGCGCCGACAUCCUCGUGGCGCUGUCGCACAUGUUUCCGCUCAUGGCGCAGGACAAGAUUGUGGAGCAGCUGCAGAAAGUCAUUCCGGCCGUGGUGAAUCUGUACAGAAGAUCACUGGACAGAAUAUCAAUCACGCAGUUUCUGGCGGCGAUCCUGAAGGCCAGCACGAGUCAGUCGUCAGAUCUGCUGAAUCCCGUGGCAUAUUCGCUGUGUGUGAGUCUCUUUGACCUGAUAUGUGUGAAUCCGAACUACGAGAAGCCCCAAACGGUGAAGGGACACAAUGAAGUGCUGCGAUGCUUUGAUCUCCUGGCGCAGAACUACAGUCAUCACAUUCUCGAUAUGCUCCUGAUUCAGCUGCAGAGCAACAACGAGAGGGAGAGAAUCAAGGCGCUGCUGGUGCUGACACACUUGACAAACACCAAAGAUGCUCUCGUGUCGACGAAGAACCGCGAAUUCUGUGACAUCCUGAAGCAGAUGAUUGCCAAUGAGAAGACUGUGAGGAUGAAACUCGUGCUGCUGAAGACAAUCAUUGCCUUCAUACAGAAAUCCUUCACCAAGGAGAAGAUCUUCAUCAGAUUCAUCGUGCGGCAUUGCUGUCCUUACAGUAAAUUCCCAUCUGAGCAAGGAUCCGCUGAGGAGUUCGCAGAAUUCGUGCAGAUUUGCAACAAUUCACUGUUCAUCCUGUCAACUACCAUUGGCACGAUUGACGAUGUGCUGAAGCGAGAGUUGCUCAGUUACUUCAUGCUGCAGGACUACACGUCAGCGUGUGGCACGCUGGCGAAAUCCCUGGCCAGCUUGUUCAGCAAGGAUCCACAGUUGCAGAAGGAAGAGGAAAUUGCUGACAUCAACACUGAGGAUCUGAGCCUGAAGACAUCCAUUCCGAAGGCGGAAAGUGUGUUUGUGAGAUGCCUGGCGCUAAUUGGUGAGGGUGAGGACGUCAAGAGGGCUCAGAAUAUCCUGCUGUUCCUUAAAUCCUACGCCACAAUUGUCAACAAACACUUGCCAAUGCUGUGGAAUGAGAAAAUCCCGGAACUCCAGGCAGUGUUGCAGCGAAAUGGGAAAUUCCAGGACUUUGGCGAGUCUGUGCUGCAAUUUGUCGCUGCGACAAUCAAGGAUGUGGACGAUGUGAACUUCCCGGUGAUGCUGAUUGAUGAGCUGAAGGAGCAAUUGCCACUCUACACUGUGAAUCCCAGUCAAGUGUUGGAGUUCAAGAUUCCCAGUCUGCAGAGCGAAAGGGGGACGAUCCUUCGGGUUCUGGCCACUUGUCUGUGUCACAUUCUGGAUGAGCCUGUUGCUGAGGGGAUUGUGGAUUUGAUUGUGAACGCUGCGAAGCAGGAGAAGCUGGACAAGAGUCUGCAAGAGGGCGAGAUGAAUGCUCUCACGUCAGCAGCGAAGGCUCUCGGAAUCAUCUCGAGGACUUAUCUGCAGCAGGUGCUGAAGAAACUCGACACGCUGAUCCAGGAAGAGGGAAGGAAGAGACAAACAUCGGGAUUCUUCUCCACGCUGAACUUCAUGAAGGAGUCGCAGAAAGAGAGCGACAUCUUCAAGGUGAAAUUGCUCGUGGUGGAGAGUUAUGGCUACAUUGUGACAAAUUGUCCGCCUGAGUGCUUCCUGCAGGAUGUGGAGAAGACCAUUGUGUCAUGUUUGUAUGUGGAAUUGCAGGACGCGAAGGAUGCUUACUUGAAGAAUCGCAUUCUGGACACACUGCUCAGUAUUUGUCAGCAUGUGCUGAACAAUGAUGCAAAUCACAAGUUGAAGCUGAGAAAUGAACUUGUUCAGCAAAUCCUGAAGAUUCCCAUCGACGGAGCGGACAAUUUGCCCUUCCUGCCGAAGAUUCUGCGCCUGGGCACAGCUCUGAUUCGCAUCCAGUCGGAGGUUGAAGUUGAGGAGAGUGAGGAAAUUCACUUUCUGGAGACAAUUUGUGAGAACUUCUUCACGUGCGCGCAGAAGCUGAAGAGUAAAUUUGAGUCACCAGAGGAGGAUGACCGGAACAGCUACUUGGCCAAGUAUCUCAAUGAAUCCCUGCCGGAAUUGAAUGAGUUUGUCCGGGCGAUUCUGGAGCAGAAUCCUUCGCCAGCGUGUCUGGACGAUGUUGUGUCGAUUCUGGAGCGCUGGUCACGCGAUAAGAAUUGUGAGGUGAGAAUUUGCGCUGGACACGUGACGAAUGGCGUGCUGGAAGUGUACAUGAAGACCAUGAAGAUGGGCUGCGAGGCGCCAUCGAAGUUCAAUCAAACGGGACACAUGAUUGGCAAGACUGUGCCACGAUGCAUAGAUUCCAAUGCCACAGUGAGACAGAUUUCUGUGGAUGUGCUGAGGAAGAUUCUGGAGAUUUCGCACAUCUAUGAGACACUGACGCUGCCCGAUGUGGAUAUUCAGUGGGUGAAGGACUUGAUUAAGGUGCGCUCGGAGAUCAUCACGGAUGAUCCCAAUGAGAUCUACAAGUUGGCCAGUGAAAUGGCCAGGAUUGUGGCUGAUCGGCUGCCCAGUUUUCAGCACAUGGCGCUCAGCAGGAGUCUCCUGAUGAGUCUCUCAGAUCCGGAGAAGAGUUCGGCAAUUGGAGCCUCCGUGGUGUUGAAGUUCUUCAUGCAAUUGAAGGGAUCAGAGAUGUUUCACGCAAUCACGACGCUCAUUAAUGAGUGUCUUCAGGCAAUUUGGCAGUGUGAAGUCGAUGGAGUGAAGAUUGGCGUCCUUAAAGCCAUUGUCGCUCUGGCAAAACACCAUCCAAAGCUGGUGUGUGCAGAAAUGCUCGCUCAAUCCUUGCCCUUUGACGCCAAUGUGGCACAAUUCUGGAGGACUUUGUGCACUGAUCAGGAGCUCGCCGGAACGGUGAUAGACAACUUCCUGGCAACACUCUCGUCAUCGUGUCUCUAUGAGCCUGUUGAUCAGUCGAAGAAGGACGAUAGGAACAAAAUAGCCACUGUUCAGCCUUUCGCCAUCAUUUGUGCCCUGAAAGAAAUCCUUCCUUGUGUAGAGAUACAGAAUGACCUGAAGAAGCGUUUUCCCGAACUUUUCGGCAUGUUGUUGACCACUUUGGCCACUUACACGGGAGUUUUGGCUCCGAAUGCGCCCAAUUCCAGUCCGGCGGGCAAAAACAACACAAACAGCAAAGCCUCAAAGUUCGGCUUCAUUCCAAAUAAGGACUCCAUCAAGAGCAAUCCGUGUGAAAUCGUGCUCCUGACCUUCAAGGAGUUUCUGAGGAAUCUGGGCAUGGAGCAAGUGUCUGUAGUGUUCGAUGUGUGUCCACAUUUGGCAUCCAGUGAGGAUCUCGGACACUUUAUUGACGUCGUGCCGCCAAUUGCCAAUGCCCUGGUGAAUGAACUGGGCAUUUCGUCGACGGCAAUGCGCCAAGUCGUGACGGUGCUGAGCAAAUAUAUUCCCAGUCCGUAUGAUCCGCAGAGAAUUGCCGCCAUCGCACUGUAUUCGCAGCUGGUGCCGCACAAGCCGAGCGGUGAGAUAGUCUCGGUGAUUAUUCUGCAUCUCAAUUCAUCACUCAAUGAUCCCAAUCCACUCGUGAGGGGUUGCUGUCUGCGCGGAUUGGGAUUUGUGGCGUCUCUGGCGACUUUCGAUGCGGAAAAGUACUCGGAAAUGACACUCACGGCUCUAAUGAAGGGCUUGGACGAUGCGAAUAGCAGUGAAUUGAUGAACAUUCCAUUGGAGAGCAUUCAGGGACUGUCGCGAAUAAUGGUGGCGAUGCCGUGCAAGAAGAUUGAGAUGUUUCAGAUAUCUCUGGCCAUCAGGAUAAGGCCGUUCUUUGAGAAUAGCACGCUGGAGUUGAGAAAUAGUGCAAUUGGCCUAUUUGGUGAUGUUUGCCAGUCGAAAUUGAAUGCCAUCGAGGGCAAGGGCGCGAGUGUGGAUGAACAGAUGUCCAUUGAGCCGUUCAGAGAGCAGUUGUACUACAAUUUCUGCCCACUUUUGCUGCAUCUAUGCGAGAGUGAGCCGUCAAUUGCCAGGACGUCGAAGGUGACUCUGAAGAAGAUGUGUGCUCUGCUGAAGGCAGCGCCCAAGAUCAACUCAAUGGCACAGAGUCAUCUGCUGGAGCACGGACAGCUGAACUACGAAGUGUUCAUUGAGGACUUUGUGAAGGUGAUUGGCGAGGAGUUGGCUGACAACAUGGCGGACUUCAUUGAAUCCUGUCUGCCGCACUUCAAGAGCCAAUGGCCAGAAGUGAGAGGAAACGCUGCGAUUCUCGUGGGACUUCUGCAUCAAUACAACACAACUAAUCAGCCCAAUAUUGAGCUCAUCACGCAGAAGAUAAGCGCCUUGCUGAAGGACGAAAGUGUGGGUGUGAAGAUCAAGGCCAGCACAGCGCUGGGAUAUCUCUUCGCCGGCCAAUAGAGCCAACUUCAUGCGUUAUUGAGGACUUUUAUUGAAACUUUACAGCUCUACAUGCUUUUCUUUUACCUCCUAUUGAAUGUAUACUUUGUGAUAGUCUCGAGGAUUAAUGAAUAUUUCAUAUAAUUGUGUCUUUAGUGUUGGCUUUUAUUUGGGUAGAGAGGAAGAAGCAUUCAAUAUGCCGUGAAUGGUCAAUAUCUAAUCAUUGGCAUCGUGUAUUUACCGAAGAUCCUUUUGUAUAUGAGAUCCAAUAUUUGCAGAUUGGAUAUCAACAUUAGGUGUCACAUAAAAUUGAUUCUAUAAAUAAUGCCUCCGACCGCUCGGCAUUUAUUGAUUUCCCUCCAACAAAAAUGCCGAGACAGUCUUGGAGGAUUUGAAAAAGGGAUGAUGAAUGAUUGAACAGAUUGUCGCUAUUCUAGAGUGAGAGUAUUUCUGGAUAACCUUCUGACUUCCUCUCCAACAUUAUCAAACAUUCAAGAGACAUUGAUCAAUUUGUGUUGUUUCUUCCCGCUUCUACGCUCAAGAUUCUGCACAGGAAGUAAAUAAGUGUUUGUCGCAGUCAAUCGUGAAUGAGGAAAACAGCGAAUUUUCAUCGAAAACAUCAUAAAAAGUGGCUAAAAUGAA